UGUCGUAACGCUCGUACAUUAAGCUCAUCCCCGAGCCGGUCCGCUCCCGCUAUCGAGUGUUAACUAACAUCUUCGUGUUUUGCGACUACAAUGGCCACCUACGCCCAGUUCAAGCACGUCGAGCUCUACAAGAUCGGCCACGGAAAGAACAGGGUUCCGAAUGCCCCGAAGAGCUCUAUUGGUGAGCUGUUCAAGUCUGAUGCCAACGACAAUGGUCAUAAGAGGAAUGGCAUCAACCGCCCGCGUGUCUCACGCGACAAGCUAGACACACACUCCAGACUCUUCGGCCAGACGGCGGCGGUGCAGACUCAUGUCGCUCCACUGGUGACAGACACUGUGCGAAGCCACAUUCAAUUCGGAGACCACGAGAUGAACGGCUCUUCUGCACCAUCUCCCAAGCAUAUGGCGAACGGCAGUGCUUCUUCGACACCCAGCCAAAAUGGAAGGGACAUCGGUCUUCACUCUCACUCAACGUACUCGCGACCGAAGAGGAACCCGGUGACCGGCGAUGGAGUGUCGGUGCCGCCGCCCCGCCGCCGCCACCCAGCCGCCAGCCAGCGAGAAGGAAACCCUAUUACCGGUGAUGGGUACAGAGGAGGGCACGGGCAUAAGGACAAUGUGAAAUACAACAGGAGCGAACUGCACUACAGCCACAGCAACCGCGUGCCCCCGGGCGGGUACUCGUCGCCUCUCUGGUAGACUGCCGCCUACAACAAAACACACACACAGCGGCGAAACACCACGUCUAUUCUUAGGUCCCGUCGCAAGGUUUCUACCAUAUUAAAAAAAAUGCAUAUAUCCUAAAUCCAAAGUUUCGUUGGAAAUACUCGAAAUUUAACACUACACUAUAAUAAUAGUGACUGAUUUAUAUAAAAAAAUCUAAAUAUACUGAAAAAUUAUGCCUGGGGUGGGGUUUGGGUUUUUAAAGUACAAUCGCGAUAUUUUCGAUAUAAAAUAUAAUUGGAUAUAAUUAAUUUUUUAAUAUUCAAAAAUACAUUACAAUUAAUUAUCAUGAAGAAAUCCUGCGAUGUUGACCUCUGUGAUCGCCGCUGGCCCUUCAACCGGCGAACCGUUACUGGCCUAAGAAACACUACUGGUUACUCCGACCUCUUUCGCCAUUAGCAGUUGUACGAUGUAAUGCAUUUAUUUAACUGUCCAAACCGAUGCAGACUAAAGAUAGUAGUCUCAGUAAUCAAGAUUAAAUUAGCAGCCGCAAUAAUCGAUUAUAACAAAGCAACCUGCACUUAACUUGCAACGUCUAUUCAAUACUAAAGGGCAUAAUCGUCGAGGAUAGUGCAAUUACACCUAGCAUUUGAUUAUGAGUUUCCAUUUCGUUAGUUUAGUGUCCAAACCAAAUCCGCGUACAUGUCGUGUCAACCAAAUUAGCUUGAUUUACGGUAAUCUAUUGUUGUCAGUCCGUAGACAAACAUAAGUCAAUGCUUACUGACCACUGAAAUAACAAAGUGAUAACGCUAAAUCCCUCUCCUGUAAAAAUUUGGUUUGUGCAGAUUAGUGACUUUUGCCAAUGCUACAUACAUACGUGUAUUUGCACUAUCCCCGACCAUAUACGUUGUUAACGACAUCCUUAUCAUCUCCCAGUAACAUAUUCUUUCGAUAAGUUAGCAUAUAGAUUAUAGAUAUUUUUGUAAUAGUAAUAUUUCGGAUAUGUAGAGAUGUUGAAUUCGUGUGGAUCCUUGAGUCGUAAAUAAUGCCGAAAAGUAUGAGAAAUUUGUUCGUGUCUGUUGUGAGACUGAAGUGUCCACAUUCACAUCGUAAGGACC